AUGGCUACCUUACACGAUGCCCUCCAAUGCCUCAAACCGACGUCAUGGGACGAAGUCCCCCAGGAUCCCGACGAGCUCCGUGACUACUUGCGCGCGAUCUUCAAAAACAGCCGCCUGAUAGCGGAGUCACUUCCAGACCCUCCAAUCUCCGAUAAUCACGACUACCCAGGAUUAGACGACACACCGAAUUCCUCCGACCGACGAAUAGUCCCAUCACCCGCACGAGUGGAAGAGACCGAUUCGGAAAUUACAGACCUGCAAAAGGAAUGGGGGAAGCCGCUCAAGAUGGGCGGACCGAAGGACAACCCGUUAGACGUGACUGUGUGGAAACUUUCCGCAAAUGACGGCGGGGGCUCAUGGUUCGGGCGACGGAGUGUGCAUGAGGGCAUGCCAUUCUCACGAUGGCGGAAGAAGCUUUCAUCUGAGUACGAUGAAACGCUCAAAGUAAACCGCAGAAAGAUUGAGAGGGGGCACACGCCUGACAAGAGCAUUCGCGGGAUCGGCGCCGAAGGAAAGAUGGAUACUAUUGAGGUCAAGGAUCAUGAUGGUUCGGUUCUGGGCCAUUUAGUUGUUUACCAUGUAUCGGCGCAGUUUCCCAAACCUACUUCUCCCCGCGAUUUUGUGGAAUUGAUCAUCAAUUCCGAUUCUGGAUUGCAAAUUGGCGGAACUAAGCAGCCAGGUCGCAGCUGGAUGAUGAUCUCUAAGCCGUGUGAACACCCCGGUAUCCCGCAUAAACAGGGAUACACUCGCGGACAGUAUGAGUCUGUCGAGCUCAUUCGGGAGAUUCCUAAGAAGCACAGCAGUGGGAGCAGCUCUUCUAGCCAGGGGAGUAAGAAGAAUAGUGAUUCUGCGUCCUCCAAUUCGCAACGCCCUGUGGGGCUACCUGGGCAGGAUGGAGCUGGGGAUGAGGAACAUGAAGAAAUGAAUCCUGUUGAAUGGAUCAUGGUCAGCAGGAGUGAUCCGGGCGGGAACAUCCCGCGGUGGAUGGUGGACAAGGGAACACCACGAAGCGUGGGGACAGACGCCGCUAAAUUCGUCAAUUGGGCUCUUCAAGAUGACAAGCCGCCCAAGCGAGGAGAAAUCACAGGAACGGAAGCUGCAGAUACUUUAUCAGGCGUCAAGGCUAAACCCGGGGAGUCUGUGAAUGAAUACGACUCCGACCAGGAAGAUGACUCGGAUUCGGAUUACGAAUCACUCGACAGCGACUCCGACCAGUCCCAUCAUGGUCUGAUUGCUAGUGUCACUGGCUUGCUCAAUACUGGACUGGAACGGUUCGCGCCACAAGUUCUAGGCUAUGGCGCCCCCACUAGGGUAUCGGGUGAUCUACCAGCCGAGAAUGAGGUUUCCUACAUUGAUGCAGAUGGAAUGAGACAUCUACGUCCAGAAAUUGCCCAACAAAAUAAAUCAGCGUUGGACGCCGAAUCUUCAAGAUCCCAAGAGCAAGACGAUGUUUCAUUAUCCUCGGCCAAUUCCGAAAAAGCAGCAACUGCCGUCGAGGACGUAACGAAUAACAUGUCCCCGGAGGAACUGAUCCAAAUGACAAAGAAUGGCAAGCUCAGUUCCAACGAGAAGGAGCUCGCAAAGCUAGCCAUUCGCAAACGCAAGGUUGAAAGCAAGCUAGAGGAAGUCCGCGCCGAAAUCGACAAAUUCCAAAUCUCAUCGCAACCGCCUAGUGUCUCAGGGACCCCAGUAAAAGGCAUCAGCGAGGCAGAUGGUGACACUACCGGAAUGCGCAAGCGCGCAGCGACGAAUAGGUCUUCCAGGCCUGCCAGCACUCGCACACAGCAGAGCCAAGGCCAACCGCAGAGCGAGAUCAGCAAUGAAGACCAACCAUCUCCUGGGCGGAUGGCAACCCCCGACCCGUCGCAUCUCCCCAAAGCAGCCACCCACUAUGUCCACGGAGAAUCUAAGCUGCUUAAGCAGCUGCGCAAGAUCGAGGCUAACCAACUGAAGGUUGCGUCGAAGAUUCAAGCAAGGCAGCAAAAGGAUGAGGAGCGCUCGGAGAAGUCUAAGUCCAAAAACAAGUCCGAGGUUGAUACCUUGAAGCAGGAGGUACAUAAUCUCAAGAAAGAGGUCAAGCAGCUUCGCUCUGAGCGCCAGAAAUGGGUCGAUCUUGUUUCUUCGUUGCAGGCGGAGAAUACGAAGUUGGCGGCAAAGUCGGAGGUUGCUUAA